AUGGGCGUCGAGGCGGCGGUAGCGGAGGAGAGGCUGCUUGCGGGUGCGCAGCAGCAGCAGCCGGCGCCGGCGGCUGAGGCGGAGGCGGAGGCAGCGGCGAGGGAGGAGGAGGUGCGGCGGGCGGUGGCGGAGUGCCCUGUGCUCGUGGUGGGGAGGCGCGGGUGCUGCCUCAGCCACGUGGUGAAGCGGCUGCUGCAGGGGCUCGGGGUCAACCCCGCCGUGUACGAGGUCGCCGACGCCGAGGCGGAGCUCGCUGGAGUCGUCGACGGCGGCGGCGGCGGCGACGUCGCCCUUCCGGCGGUGUUCGUCGGGGGCAGGCUCCUCGGGGGCCUCGACCGGCUCAUGGCCGUGCACAUCUCCGGCGACCUCGUGCCCAUACUCAAGGACGCCGGCGCGCUGUGGCUCUGA